CUCUGAGCUGAGACACAGACAGCACAUUGGGAAGCAUUUCCAAAGAGGCCAGAGGGCUCUUCAUCUGCAGCUCCGACAGGAACCCUUUACCCAUCAGCCAUGGCAGAGAGGCGUAUUCCGUUCACCCUCCUCCGGACCCCCAGCUGGGACCCCUUCCGCGACUGGCACCAGAGCAGCCGCAUCUUUGACCAGAUGUUCGGGAUGCCGGCGCUGCCUGAGGACUUCACCACGUUCCCCAGCACCCACUGGCCUGGGUACCUGCGACCCUCCAUCUUGGCCCCCGACAUGGCCGCCAUGAUGCCCCAAAGCCCCCUGAUGUACCAGAGCCCCAUGAUGCACACCUCCAAUCCCAUGAUGGCUGCCCAGCAGGCCCGCGCUCUGUCCAGGCAGUUGAGCAGCGGCAUGUCAGAGAUCAAGCAGACCCAGGACAGCUGGAAGGUGUCCCUGGACGUCAACCACUUCUCUCCUGAGGAGCUGGUGGUGAAGACCAAGGACGGAGUCGUGGAAAUCACUGGCAAACAUGAGGAGAGGAAGGAUGAGCACGGGUUUGUGUCCAGAUGCUUCACCAGGAAAUAUACCCUCCCUCCCACUGCCAAUGUGGAGAAGGUGACCUCCUCCCUGUCUCCUGAAGGAUUCCUGACAGUGGAGGCCCCUCUGAUCAGACCUGCCAUUGAGUCCGCAGAGACCUCCAUACCCGUCACCGUGGAUACCAAAAGCGUGGCAUCGAAGUAGGGAUAAAACGCCCGACUGCGUCUCUGCCAUGUGCACAAAAAAACAACAACACAUUCAAAUCAACCACACUUUAUCCGCGCUGACAGAUUCCCUGAAAAGUGAAGAAGCAGCCUCUCAUCUCCCAAAGCAGAUGGGUUGACGUUGUAAAGAGGAAGGUGAGGAUUGCCCCGCUCGCGUCUCCUCCUGCCUCUGUCUCGGUAAUGAGCUGACCCCAGAUGAGUGUAAACCCUGUAAACACAUCUGCACCGCUGCCAUAUGCCUGAGCUUCCUGCUGUAAUUACUCUACACCCUUCAUCUGAACGGAGAAAAUCUCUGCUUAGCCUCGCGUUCAGUUCCUUCCUCCUCAUGUCUUUAAGCAAAUCCCCUCUGCUGCCGCUUCAGCUGAACCAAAGACGACAUAAAAUCAGAUGGGAUCAGCAAUGACGCUCCAGGAUGGAGUCAAAGUAGACUGAUUUCAUCUGUGAUUGAUGUCAGAGACAAAGUGACCCAUCAUGCAAACACAGAAUAAAGAACCAAUACUACAUGGA